UCACUUUUUUCAAUGACAUGCGAGCAUUUUCAGAUUGGUUAAAACUUUUAUGAUGCCACAAAUUGCAAAUAAACCAAAUGAAUCCAUAAUAAGAGUGCCGUUCGAGACGCCACGGUUGGCCGAGAUCGCCUACAAAGUCCUCAGUGUCGACAAGGAGCCGCGCCGGAAUUUCGUGCAGAAAACGUUGAGCCUGGAAAACGAUAUCCUGGUUGUGAGUUUCCAGGCGGAUCAAGUCAAGAGCCUGCGCACUGCCAUCACCUCCUUCUUCGAGGGCCUGCUCCUCUGCCAGGACACCAUCAAGCAGUUCGCAGACUCAAAGGAAGAUAAGCUAAUCCCCGAAGGCAACGACAAUGCCGGAACACACUCCGGCUCCGACUCCGCAUAG